CCCACAGCCAUCCUCAUCCGAGAGAGGGCAGGUUCCCGGGACGCAUCGCCCGCCCUCGGCCGGGCCUGCCAGGAGACUGGUUUCCGGCGGGCAGAGCGCGCGAUGCCGUGGAAGUCGGCGUUGGUGCCGGCAACCCCGAAGGCCUCGGCUCUCUCCCACUUGGCCAAGCAGUCGUGGGGGGCUCUCCGCCGUCGCCCCGUAAGCCCGGAGCCCUCAUGUUCCCGCUGUUCCUGGGCACAGAGAAAUGGGAAUCCCGCUUUGCACCCCCUCUGGAAGGGCCCGGCCUCCGUGCCGGGGGGCAGCCGGCAGUCCCCCAUCAACAUCCAGCGGAGGGACAGCAUCUAUGACCCCCUGCUGAGGCCACUGCGGGUUUCCUACGACGCGACGUCCUGCCUGCAUGUCUGGAACACCGGCUACCUCCUCCAGGUGGAAUUCGAUGAUUCCACCGAGGGCUCAGGCAUCAGCGGUGGGCCCUUGGAAAACCACUACAGACUAAAGCAGUUCCACUUCCACUGGGGAGCGGAGAACGAGUGGGGCUCGGAGCACAUGGUGGACAGCCACGUGUACCCGGCAGAGCUGCACUUAGUUCACUGGAAUUCUGUGAAAUACCCAGAUUACAAAGCAGCAGCGAUGGGAGAAAACGGUCUGGCUGUGAUCGGCGUGUUUUUACAGCUGGGGACGCAUCACGAGGCGCUGCAGAGGCUGGUGGACGUCCUGCCGGAAAUAAGGCAUAAGUCCCACAGGGUGCGCGGGUGGCCGUGGGCCCCUUCCAGCCCUCGGGCCUGCUGCCCUCCUGCGCGGACUACUGGACAUACGGCGGCUCGCUCACCACGCCCCCGCUGGCCGAGUCCGUCACCUGGAUCCUGCAGAAGGAGCCUGUCCAGGUGGCUCGGAGACAGCUGGCGGCCUUCCGGACCCUCCUGUCCUCCGCACUUGGCGAGGAAGAGAAGACGAUGCAGAACAACUACCGCCCACUUCAGCCCCUGAUGGACCGCAGAGUCCGUUCCUCCUUCCAGGCCAGCGAGGAGGGCACAAGGCCCUGAAGCCGCUGUCUGCAAGCGAGCGGGAGACACUUCUACAGAGAGACGCACGGUCUGCUUAGCACAAGGUCGGAAACUGAAAAGAGAGAAAGGGCCCGUCAUUUCAGUCAACAUGCUUCACAACUGCAAAUAAAAGAAAAGCUUCAAAGGA